AAUCAGCCUCGGCUCUCCGUGUAGGUGACGUUUACAGUAAUGUACACUGUUCAAGACCCUGUUGUUGUGGUGUAGUAGAUUUGUUUCAGUGUAUAAUCCUGACUGGAGCGGGAAUGAUCUGGUGUGAUUGGGACUCCGGGUUUCUGACGCACACAGAUCCAAAACAAAAGGAAGAACGGAAUCUGGGAGCUGAGCAGCCGUGCAACAUUCCGGUUCUGUCUUCAUCUUCAUCAUCAUCAUGGCCAUGAAGAUGAGGACGAGACGCUCUCCGCACUGAGGGCAGAUUUUUAUUUUAUUGCAUUAUUAUUAUUAUUAUUAUUAUUGUUUUUUUGUCAGUAAGUGGGCGUAAACAGAUCCGGAUGCGGAUGAGAGAGAGACUUCAACAACAACCGCGGACCGAGCGAGAAGGAGCACAUUUUUUUUGUACAAUUUUUAUUUUUUUAUAUCAUUUUAAUUUCUCUCCGCUGACGCUUUUUUUUUUUUUUUAACGUGCGCGAGCGCGGAGGCGGAUCCCCCUCCCUCCCUCCCGCGCGCGCGGUGAAGCAACGAGGCCAGACAGGAGGCUCGAGCGCCUCACAAUUAACCAAAAUGUACGCUUGGUAUCUGCUUGUACGUGUCAUGUCGAGACCACAGCAUGAUGGACCACAAGGAUCUUAAAUGAUCGACUUGCCCCAUUGUCGCCUCUCUUGACCCAGUGGUUUGUCAUAGAACUUGACAGAAAAUGACAUCUGAAGCUUGUCAUAUCCAUCGGAUUUGAUGUUUCAUGUAGCAAGUGAAUAUGGCUAAACUUGGAGAGUUUGGAUCUACUUUCGCAGUCGCACCCCUCUUAACAGGGGUGAGUCAGUAAGUCCUCUGUCUGAUUGAAUGUUUCCUUUCAAAUGCUGGGAAGUCCAAGGAAAAAGUGGCGGUAUCUCGGUGUUGAGUAAGUGGAUACUGCCUGUAGAGACGGUGGAGGACGUGAAGAGGGUUUGUUGGCCCUUGUUGGGUCACAUCCCAAUUCUUUCCUUACUUCUCUCUGGCCUUUUAGGCCGUUCUUUCAUCAUCGUGCUGUUCACCCGGCUUUCACCAUUCGCCCCUCACUGGCCACAGCUGUCCUCCCUCCCCGUUCCCGUCCCCACCAACCCAUCCCUGGUCUUCACCCUAUCCCUAGCCAUCCCACCCCUCACCUUUCCAUGGCUAACAGCACAGCACGUGAGCACCUCCUGGUGGUGCGGAGGCGCAGCCCGCACAUGCGCUACACCCUGGGCCCGGAGAACCUGCGCGGUAGUGGCAGCGGCGGGUCAUCAAGAGGAGGCAAUGCAGCUGAGACAAUGGGGCUACAGCGGGCAAACAGUGAUACCGACCUGGUCACGUCAGAAAGCCGCUCUUCUCUCACUGCCUCCACCUAUCAGUUCACCUUGGGAAGAGGACAGAAUCUCGUCAUCUCCUGGGACAUCAAGGAGGAGGUGGAUGCCACAGACUGGAUCGGGCUCUACCACAUUGAUGAGACGUGUCCUGCAAACGUGUGGGACUCGAAGAACCGCGGCGUCAACGGCACACAGCGGGGACAGAUCGUCUGGAGGCUGGAGGCGGGGCCUUAUUUUAUGGAGCCUGAGACCAAAAUCUGCUUCAAAUAUUACCAUGGAGUGAGCGGAGCCUUAAGAGCGAUGACGCCCUGCAUCACUGUAAAGAACCCCGGUGUGCUGGCUGGACCAGAAGGACAAGCCGACGGCCAGUCUGUGACGGAGCAUUGCCGCAAACUCGUCAGCUUCACAUUAUCAGAUAUCAGAGCCCAGGGUUUAAAGAAAGGCAUGUUCUUCAAUCCGGAUCCGUAUCUGAAGAUGAGCAUCCAGCCCGGAAAGCGCAGUGGCUUCCCCGCCUUCACACACCACGGCCAAGAGAGACGGGCCUCCAUCAUCUCCAACACCACCAACCCUGUGUGGCACGGAGAGAAAUACACCUUCGUCGCACUCAUGACCGACGUUUUAGAGAUCGAGGUGAAGGACAAGUUUGCUAAAAGUCGGCCGAUCAUCAAGCGAUUUCUGGGUCAGCUGACCAUCCCGGUGCAAAGGCUCUUGGAGAGGCAUGGGGCAGGGGAUCAGCCUGUAAGCUACACUCUGUGCCGCCGUUUGCCCACGGACCAUGUGAGCGGUCAGCUUCAGUUCAGGGUGGAGAUCACGUCUGCUGGACAUGAAGAUGUUAUGGGUUCACUCCUGGGGGCCUCGUCUGUGAACGGAGACCCGGGCAGCCCCUCCGACGAUGAGGACAUGGUCCCUCCCUCCUCCCGCGUGCCCCGGGCUGCGUCUCCGACCGGCUCUGAGGGCUCUCUCCACAACGAGGCCUUCAGGACUGACGAGGGUCCAUCGGAAGCCGACGAAGAGCGCAUCCUCAGAAACCUAGUCUUCGAUUCCGGACACACCCACAGACAGACCUCUCUGAACGAUUACCUGGACACCAUCGAGGCUCAGAACGGCACUGAGGAUCGGCCCCUGGGAGCGGCAUCCCCCAAACUGCGCUCCAGCUUUCCCACUGACACACGGCUCAAUGCCAUGCUGCACAUCGACUCGGAUGAAGACGAGGAAUCUCACGUCUCUCAGGGGUUGGCUAAUGGAGUGGCGUACGAACAGGAGCAGAGGGAAGGGUCUAAAAACGAGGGGGAGGGGAGUCCCACACUUAGUGAAGAUGCGGCAGCGGCGGCGCAGUCAGGUAGCAACACUGCGAAGAGCCAAGGAGGCGGAGCGGAAGGGAGCCAGGAGGGAGCGGCUGGUGCGUCUGCCCAGCCACAGUCCGUGUAUCUGGUUCCAGCAGCUCAAGAUAAAGACGCAGCUGUGGAGGGCACGAGCGAGGAGUCCUUUGUAGCGAGCGAAGUCCUCGUUUCUGACGCCUUUGCAGCUAGCUCUGGUGUAGCCGGCGCGGAGGGUGGAGCUUCCGCAGCGGACCAAUCACAGCCUGGCAUCUCUCAGGAACCGCGUAACGAAGCCAACGGCCAGGAGGAGAGCGAGGAGGUGUGGACGAGGAGGCAGAGCCUGCUGGCGUCAGGGGAGGAGUCACAGGCUGAAGGGGCGGAGUCAUCAGGAAGACGGGGAACCGAUUCGGCGGAAACAGACGGGGAGUCAGGAGCCAGCGCUCAGGUUAACGGUCAUCAGCCUGUCCGCUCCCUUCCAGCUGUACGUCAUGACAUCAGCCGCUACCAGAGAGUGGACGAGCCGCUGCCACCUAACUGGGAGGCCCGCAUCGACAGUCACGGGAGAAUCUUUUACGUGGAUCACGUGAACAGAACCACGACUUGGCAGCGACCCACAGCUCCGCCCGCUCCUCAGGUCCUACAGAGAUCCAAUUCCAUCCAGCAGAUGGAGCAGUUGAACCGCCGGUAUCAGAGCAUUCGGAGAACCAUGACCAACGAGCGCGCGGACGACCAGGCCGCGGAGAUGCCGUCGGACGACACAGACCUGAUGCAUCACGCCAUUCCUGAGUACCGCAGGGACGUAACGGUGGGGGGCGCUAACUAUUGCUCACGCCUCUCGUUGCUGCUUCAGUCGCCCAGCGCCAAAUUUCUCACCAGCCCCGACUUCUUCAGCGUGCUCCAUUCCAACCCUAGUGCCUACCGCAUGUUUACCAGUAACACGUGUCUGAAGCACAUGAUCAGCAAGGUGCGGCGUGAUGCGCACCACUUCGAACGUUACCAGCACAACCGCGACCUGGUAACCUUCCUCAACCUCUUUGCCAACAAACAGCUGGAGCUGCCGCGGGGCUGGGAAAUGAAACAUGACCACACUGGCAAGCCAUUUUUUGUGGACCACAACUGCCGCUCCACCACCUUCAUUGACCCGCGGUUGCCUCUGCAAAGCGCUCGGCCUAGCGGCCUGCUCGCCCACCGCCAACACCUUAGCCGGCAGCGCAGCCACAGUGCCGGAGAGGUGGGUGAUGAUCCUCGUCACGUCAGCCCAGCCGUCCUACCCCGGCCCUCUAAUACCUUUAGUGGUUCCAGUCGCAAUCAGUGCCAGGAUCUCGUACCCGUUGCCUACAAUGAUAAGAUUGUGGCCUUUUUACGGCAGCCGAAUAUAUUUGAGAUCCUGCAAGAGAGACAGCCCGAGUUCAGUAGGAAUCACUCACUCAGGGAGAAGGUGCAGUUUAUCCGAAACGAGGGGGCACCCGGGUUGGUGCGUCUCUCCAGUGAUGCAGAUCUGGUUAUUUUGCUCAGCCUGUUUGAAGAGGAAGUGAUGUCGUACGUGCCCCCUCAUGCCUUACUGCACCCCAGCUACUGUCAGUCUCCACGAGGUUCUCCAGUUUCUUCCCCACAGAACUCGCCUGGCACACAACGAGCCAAUGCCCGCGCUCCUGCUCCAUACAAGCGAGACUUUGAGGCCAAGCUCCGCAACUUCUACCGCAAACUUGAGACCAAGGGUUACGGCCAAGGUCCUGGCAAAGUGAAACUGAUCAUGCGCAGAGACCACUUGCUGGAAGAUGCGUUUAACCAGAUCAUGUGCUACUCCAGGAAGGACUUGCAGCGAAGUAAACUUUACGUCAGCUUCGUCGGAGAGGAGGGGCUGGACUACAGUGGCCCUUCAAGAGAAUUCUUUUUCCUGGUGUCCCGUGAACUCUUUAACCCUUACUACGGCCUGUUCGAGUACUCAGCCAAUGACACUUACACCGUCCAGAUCAGCCCCAUGUCCGCCUUUGUCGACAAUCAUCACGAAUGGUUUCGGUUCAGUGGCCGUAUCCUCGGCCUGGCUUUAAUCCAUCAGUACUUGCUUGAUGCCUUUUUCACUCGACCUUUCUACAAGGGGCUGCUGCGUAUUCCGUGUGAUCUGAGUGAUUUAGAGUACCUGGAUGAGGAAUUCCACCAGAGCUUGCAGUGGAUGAAGGACAAUGACAUUGAGGACAUGCUGGACCUCACCUUUACUGUUAACGAGGAAGUGUUUGGACAGAUCACUGAGCGAGAGCUAAAGCCCGGCGGCGCCAACAUCCCUGUGUCGGAGAAGAACAAGAAGGAGUACAUAGAGCGCAUGGUAAAGUGGAGGAUAGAGAGAGGAGUUGUCCAGCAGACUGAAAGCUUGGUGCGAGGCUUCUAUGAGGUGGUGGACGCCAGGCUCGUGUCUGUGUUCGACGCCCGGGAGCUGGAGCUGGUGAUCGCUGGCACGGCAGAGAUCGAUCUGAGCGACUGGAGAAACAACACUGAAUAUCGAGGAGGUUACCAUGACAACCAUAUUGUAAUUCGCUGGUUCUGGGCAGCGGUGGAGCGAUUUAAUAAUGAGCAGAGGCUGAGGUUGCUUCAGUUCGUAACAGGGACGUCCAGUAUUCCCUACGAGGGCUUCGCCUCUCUCAGGGGCAGCAACGGCCCUCGUCGCUUCUGUGUGGAAAAGUGGGGCAAGAUCACAUCAUUACCCAGGGCUCACACGUGUUUUAAUCGCCUCGACCUGCCGCCGUAUCCUUCCUUCUCCAUGCUGUACGAGAAGAUGCUAACCGCAGUGGAGGAGACCAGCACCUUUGGUUUAGAGUAACCCUCGACCCCCCAGUGUUCCGCACGAUUCUUCAGGACCUUAGACCAAACUGUUAGCAAACACACACUCGAAUGCAUUUUAAUGCACCAAUCAGUGACAAGUGUUCUUACCCGUCCCAACCAGGUGGGAGAUAAAUCAGGACGUGCACCCGGGAUUAAAGGAACAGCGGUAGAGGAAAAAUCGCCGGAAAGCCGAGGCGUGGUUUGUGAGUUGUAGUUCACUCAGAAAACUGGUUGUCAAGACCUCAGGCUCAGAACCUUCACGGGCACCACGCGCACUGUACAUCGCUGGAAAUGUGCUGACGAGGGAAAGUCUCGUUUCUAGCAGAAAACCUUCCGAGCGACUCGGGAAUUUAUCACGUGGAGACUCUUGAACGUGACUUUUUUUCCCCCAUGCUGAAUGUUACAAGUUCUCCUGGCAAAAAAUCUUUUUUUUUUUUUUUUUUUUUUUAUAAUCACCCAAACCUACGACACUCAUCCAUAUCAAACAUUCACACACACAAUCAAACUGAAUGCACUGGUUAAAAUGUAUACACUUUAACAUAUUUCUAUAUUGAUAAUUAUCUUUAUAUUUACUCUACUCUUAGAUUUCUCAAGCUGGCAUGAUGUCUGUGACACAGAGGGGGAUAAGCCUGUGACUGAGAGCUCUUAGAGUUACACAGAGAAGCAAAUGUAACAGAGUAGGACAAAACUUUCGUUCUUAAUUGUUUUAUUUAUUUCGUUCUUUUUUGUAACCAAGCUUUAGACGGGACGUACAGGCAUCUUUAAGUGAGAAAGCGUCGUAGCCGCUCAAACUUACGUUCGUUUGGACUCUUUCCAACACUGCCGUCAACCUGUACGUCUGCGUAAUACCGUACGCUCGCGAAUGUUUUAAUAAAACAAAGCUGUCUCUAAAUUAAAAAAAAAAACUGGAACAAAUCAUCCUCCUUAUAGGGUUAAUCCCGCCUCACAUUAUUCCAUAAAUUUAUGCUCUUUUUAACUUUUGCACUGAAUGUACCAAAGGUUCAGGGACUGGCGUGAGCCGUCCUGAAAUUUCCCUCACCACCUUCAACUCAAACCCUUUUCUUUCACUUCUUAACUUUUCAUAGUGCUAUUGUCUGUCUGUUUUUGCACUCACCAGAAAGUAAAAAAAUAAGAAAUGUUGAUUA